CAGCAGAUAAACAGGAAAAAAGACUUUACUCUUCCUUGUUCAUGAGAGGAGGCAGAGUGCGAGGCACAAAGUAGGACUGACGACAAAACCACCAAAACCACAUCCACUGAGCGGGGACAUGUGCAGGAGGGAUCACUGAUUAACCGGCAUACCUCAACCUUGCACUUCAACCUGCUGCUGAACGCACAAAACAACGGAAGGAGCAACAACCAAAAGUGAAAGUAACUCUCAGAGAACUUUCUAGACUGACCUUUUUUUUUAAAAUUUUGUCUGCUUGCUGCGUUUGUAACUUCGACAAAAUGGCGUCCAGGUCAUUGGAUGAUCUCUCCUGUCCGGUCUGCCAAGAGAUCUUCAAAAAUCCAGUUGUUCUUUCAUGCAGCCACAGCUUCUGUAAAGACUGUCUGCAGAGAUGGUGGAGGACAAAACAAUCACGGGAGUGUCCUUGCUGUAAGAGACGAUCCUCAAAGAGUGAUCCGCCUCGUAACCUGGCGUUAAAGAACCUGAUUGAGGUCUUCUCACAGGAGGGGGAUCCGAAAUCUCCGGAAGAGUCAGAGGCUCUCUGCAGUCUGCACGCUGAGAAACUCAAACUCUUCUGUCUGGACCAUCAGGAGCCGGUGUGUGUCGUCUGCAGAGAUUCAAGGAUGCACAACAACCACAGAUUCAGGCCCAUCGAUGAAGCUGCUGUAGAACAAAAAGAGGAGAUACAAAAAUUCCUGAAGCCCUUUCAGGAGAGACUGAAGCUCUUUGAACAAGUUAAAGGAACCUGGGACCUAACAGCAAAGCACCUUAAAGUCCAGGCAACAAACACUGAGAGUAAGAUUAAGGGGCAGUUUAAGAAGCUUCACAAGUUUCUAGAGGAGGAAGAGGAGGCCAGGAUAUGUGCUCUGAGGGAGGAAGAGAAGCAGAAGAGUCAGAUGAUGAAGGAGAAAAUUGAUGCUCUGAACACAGAGAUAGCAGCUCUUUCAGCCACAAUCAGAGUCACACAACAGGAGCUCAGAGCUGAAGACAUCUCAUUCCUGCAGAACUACAAGACUGCAGUGAAAAGGGUCCAACAGUGCCCCCCGCUGGAUGAACCAGAAGUGGUCUCAGGGGCUCUGAUAGACGAGGUCAAACACCUGGGCAACCUGAGAUUCAACAUCUGGAACAAGAUGAGGGGGAUCGUCUCCUACAGUCCUCUGAUUCUGGAUCCAAACACAGCUGAUCCAGAACUCGUCCUGUCUGAGGAUCUUACCAGCGUGAGAGCCGGAGAGCGACAGCAGCUUCCAAAGAAUCUUGAGAGGACCAAGUUCUCCUGCUCCGUCCUCAGCUCUGAAGGAUUUGACUCAGGGACUCACAGCUGGGAAGUUGCAGUUGGAGCAAACAAGGACUGGGAACUGGGGGUCUUGGGAGAGUUCAUCCAGAAGGACGGACGUCUUCAAUCUGGAUUGUGGAGAAUCAUGUUCUCCAGCGGUAAAUUCACUGCAUUCUGCACAUCAGGCUCAGAAAAAGAUCUGCCAGUGGAGCAGCAUGUUCAGAGGAUCAGAGUUCAUCUGGACUUUGACGGAGGAAAGCUGUCGUUCUGUGAUGUAGAUACCAACACACACAUACACACCUUUACACACACUUUCACUGACACACUGUUUCCCUACAUUUACACUGAGAAUCAACUUCCUGUGAAGAUCUUACCUCUCAAGAUCUCUGUGAAGGCAGAGAGACAAAGUCAGAAAUCAUCUCGAAAGAGUUCACCAUAUUGACUAAAGGUUUGAUCUCUUUUUGCCUGUCAGUAUUUACUGAUAUCUUCAGACAAAUUAGACAGGUGGAUGCACAGCUGCAGCAAAGCGCUGGAUUUAUACUGCAUGUAUAUACAGUUGUGCUCAAAAGUUUACAUACCCUGGCAGAAUUUGUGAUUUCUUUGGCCAUUUUUCAGAGAAUAUGAAU